AUGCAUGAAUUAACCGCAGAACAACAAAUAAAACUAAAUGAGGUCGUCAAAAAAUUCCCCACUUUUGAAGAAAAGGGUUUAGGCUGCACCAAAUUAGAAAAGCAUGCAAUUAAGUUGAUAGAGGGAGCUAAUCCGGUAAAAGAUAAGCACUAUCCCCUGUCGCCAGCAGUCCAAGAGAUAGUUUACAAAGAAAUCGAUAACAUGCUUGCCCUCAAUGUCAUCGAGGAAAGUGACUCAGCAUGGAGUAAUCGAACGACAGUGGUGAGGAAACCUGAUAAAAAUAGAUUUUGUUUGGAUGCCAGAAAGCUUAAUGCUUUAACUAUAAAAGACGCAUACCCUCUGCAGAAUAUAGACGGUAUCCUUAGCCGAAUAGACCAGACCCAUUACAUAAGUAGCGUCGACCUGAAAUAUGCCUUCUGGCAAAUUGAGCUGGAAGAGGAAGCAAAACCGUACACUGCCUUCACGGUUCCAGGUCGACCGCUAUACCAAUUUCGGGUAAUGCCAUUUGGCUUAUGUAAUGCGGCUCAGAGACUCUGCAGAUUGAUGGACAAAGUGAUACCGGGUAGACUAAAAUCAAACGUCUUCAUAUAUUUGGACGACCUAUUAAUUAUCGCCGAUGAUUUUGAACACCACCUAAGCCUGUUAAGUGAAGUAGCAGAGUGUCUGCAGAAGGCUAACCUGACAAUAGGUUUAAAAAAGUCGCUAUUCUGCUUCCGCGAACUCAAAUACUUAGGAUUCAUAAUCGGCAACGGAAGUCUGAAAACGGAUCCGGAUAAAGUUAGUGCCAUCCAGCAAAUCCCAGUACCAAAGUCGCCCAGAGAAGUCCGAAGUUUUCUUGGAACAGCUGGAUGGUACAGAAGAUUUAUUAAAGAUUUUGCAUCCAUAUCAGCUGCCCUAACGGAUACCCUGAAAAAGGGUCAAAAAUUUACAAUUACACCAAAAGCUAUGGAGUCGUUUAAGAUGCUGAAACAAGCUCUCACAUCAGCACCAGUCCUUCGACACCCCGACUUCCGUCGAGAGUUUUUCAUUCAAUGCGACGCCUCGGAAUACGGAGUAGGAGCCGUGUUGUUCCAAAAAAAUGACGAUGGAGGGGAAAAUCCCAUCGCAUUUUAUUCUCAAAAAUUAAAUUCGUAUCAAAAGAAUUACUCCGUGACCGAAAAAGAGUGCUUAGCAGCUGUACUAGCAGUAAAACGUUUCCGCCCUUACGUGGAAUUAAUGAAGUUCACAAUUAUAACUGACCACGCAAGCCUCAAGUGGCUAAUGAACCUUAAGGAUCUCAGCGGUAGAUUGGCGCGGUGGUCUCUCCAGUUACAAGCAUAUGAUUUUACUAUUGAACACAAAAAGGGAUCAGAGAACGUUGUAGCUGACACAUUAUCUAGAAUGCCGAUAGAGUCGGAUAUUGUAAUAGAAGAAAUUAACGAUGACGACUUACUGGAUUUUGAAACUACGGCAUUUGACGAUAAAGAAUACACUGAACUUCGAGAAACGAUUAUGAACAACAAGGAAAGACUCCCGGAUUUGAAAGUGGAAGGAAACAAAAUCUACAUACGGACUAGACAUAUUGAUAAUGAUUUAACAGAAUUCGAAUGGAAAUUGUGGAUACCACUUGACCUCACCUACGUACUAAUAGAAAAGGCACACCAUUACAACAAUACGGUCCAUGAUGCGUAUUAUUCCCCACAAUCUAACGCUUCUGAACGAGUAAACCAGUCGGUAUUGGCUGCUAUAAGAACCUAUGUUGAGAACGACCAUCGGGACUGGGAUUUAUAUCUACCGGAAAUUGAACAAGCCCUUCGAACCUCAGUGCAUUCAUCGACUGGCGUGAACCCUUUCUUUGCUUUAUUCGGAUAUAACAUGUUCACAAGUGGCACAGAUUAUAAAUUAGCCAAAAAACUCAAAUCCCUCUCUGAUCACCAAAUAAAACAACUACACAACAACGAUAAACUGGAAAUUAUGCGAGAAAAGAUUAAAAACAAUAUGCACCAGGCCUUCGAAAACAGUGCAAAAAGAAAUUUGAAAAUGGAAAAAUCUUCUGGUGCAUUCGAUGAUGAUGAACAAGUUCCAAAAAUUUCAAAUAAUUCCAACAAUCGUUCCUGGUGGCUGGUGUUUGCAAUUGUGGUUCUUCUAACAUGUUGUACGAGAUAUUAUAAAGUCACGGAACCGGAUCAUGUUUGCUGGGAUGAGACUCAUUUCGGAAAAAUGGGCAGUUGGUAUAUAAAUCGCACCUUCUUCUUUGACGUCCAUCCACCGCUGGGAAAAAUGCUAAUCGCCCUGUCAGGCUACUUAACGGGCUACGAUGGAACAUUCCCCUUCGAAAAACCGGGUGAUAAAUACAAUGGCACCCACUAUGAAGGAAUGCGUUAUUUUUGCACCACCCUUGGUGCCCUAAUUAUACCAAUGGCAUAUGACACGGUCCACGACUUGACACGAUCCCUCGAAGCGGCAACAUUAUCCGCAUUUUACAUUUUAUUCGAUGUUGGUAUGCUGACCCUGAACCAAUAUAUUCUAUUGGAUCCAAUUCUUUUGUUUUUUAUGAUGGCCUCCGUCUGGGGUAUGGUGAAGAUUUCCAAAGUUACCGCUGCCGGUCAGUCGUACACCUUUAAGUGGUGGAGUUAUUUGUUUUUCACCGGCACAGUGUUGGCCUGUACCAUUAGUGUAAAAUUUGUUGGUCUCUUUGUUGUGUUGCUGGUUGGUCUUCAUACAAUUACGGAACUUUGGUGCAUCCUCGGAGAUUUAAAUAAGCCCAUCAGGGAAACCCUUAAACAGUUGGGGUGUCGGGCAAUGGGUCUGAUCGUAUGGCCUAUUGCUUUGUACUUAACAUUCUUCUAUAUACAUUUGCAGUUGUUAAACCACAGUGGAAAUGGUGAUGGGUUUUACAGUUCGGCAUUUCAAUCUCGUCUUAUUGGCAAUUCACUGUACAAUGCCAGUAUGCCACGUGAUGUGGCGUUCGGUAGUGUGGUCUCGAUUAAGAACCACAAAACUGGAGGUGGCUAUUUACACUCCCAUUUACAUUUAUAUCCCAAAGGAGUGGGUUCCCAGCAACAACAGAUCACAUCGUAUACUCACAAAGAUGAAAACAAUGCCUGGCUCAUUAAGCCCCACGACAGGGAGUCGACCGAUAAUUUGGUUUUGCUGAAAAAUGGAGAUCUGUUACGUCUGGAACACGUACAGACCCGACGAAAUCUUCAUUCCCAUGCUGAACCUGCACCCAUUACGAAAUCACAAAUGCAGGUUACUGGCUAUGGGGAGAAAGGCAUGGGCGACAUAAAUGACAUUUGGAAAAUCAUAAUUAUCGGAGGUAAACCAAAUGAGGUCGUCAAUACCGUUACAACACAAUUUAUACUGGUACACUAUCUGCAAGGAUGUGCCUUAAGUUCGUCGGGAAAACAAUUGCCCAAGUGGGGAUUUGAACAGCAGGAAAUAACAUGCAAUUUGAAUAUACGCGAUUCGCAUGCCAAAUGGAAUAUUGAAGACAAUAAACAUAGCGAACUGACUUCGGAAAGUGUGAGCGUGUAUGCACCCGGUUUUAUAUCAAAUUUCUUAGAAUCACAUGCUGUAAUGUUCCAAGGUAAUGCCGGCCUUAAACCGAAGGAAGGGGAAUCAACAAGUCGACCCUGGCAAUGGCCCAUCAAUUUCAGGGGACAAUAUUUUUCCGGCAGUGAUUAUCGCAUAUAUUUGUUGGGCAAUCCCAUCAUUUGGUGGAGCAAUCUGGUGUUUUUGAACUUGUUUGUAAUCGUAUUCGUAACCAAGAAGAUAAAACAACGACGUCAGGAGGGUAAACUAAAGUUGCUGCUGCUGCAGAGUGCAACGAAGCAACAAAGUAUCGCAGAACAAAAAGAUGACACGCAGGAGCGUACCCUAAUGUCGGCGGCAAUUUGGUUAUACAUUGGUUGGGCUAUCCAUUAUUAUCCCUUUUGGAUAAUGGGCCGGGUACUGUAUUUCCAUCAUUACUUCCCGGCACUUGUCUUCAAUUCAAUGCUAACUGGGGUAAUGUUUAAUUAUCUUAUUAGGCGUUUGCCACAAAAGAUACGUGGCGCGCUGCUUUUUAUCGUUCUAUCUAUUGCGGCAUAUAGUUUUAAAUUGUUUUCACCACUUGCCUACGGAAUGACCGGACCACUGGCAUCAAAUUCGAAUUCCUCAAUGCACAGCUUGAGAUGGUUAUCAACAUGGGAAUUUUAA